AGAAAAUCUUGAAAUUAAUCUUAGAAAUUAUCUCAAAUUUUGGGAUGUUUUUCUGGCACAGCUGUAUUCUACCAGAUCAUGGGUCCGAUAGAACUGGACCUGAUGGUCUAAUGUCUUCACAACAUUUAGGCUGAAACAACCGAAAUGAGUUUUAUUCAUCUGGCCUGGGGGUGAAAAUUCAUCUCUGUGUAGAAAAGGUUGCAGAUCUUUGACCCAGAUUCAAGUUCCUCUGAAUCUGUGUGAGUAUAGAAAUAUUGCGUCUGUCAGAAAAACCUCACUCUAAAUACCACACGUCCGUGAAGAAAGUUGGAGCGGAAAGACUGAGACUUUUUCCAUCCAUCACGCGCGACAGGCUGCUGGUUGGCUCAGCCCCAAACAUCCGGGACAUCCCGCUGUCUCAGCCCAGAUAUUAGCGCUCCCUUUGAGGAUUACUGGACAGCAGAGCGGCUCGGACUCAGCAGAUCUUCAUCCUCCGGGAGGAAAAGAGGAAAUGCGCUCCCAGAUCCCCGGCAGCUUCUGGCCCAUUUUGGUUAUGGAGACUCCGAACUUUACGCACGGAUCCGCGCCCGUCAACCAGUCGCUGCGCCAGCAGCGGUCUGGCAACUCGACUGAAAUCGCGCUGCCGAUCUUCAUGUUCGCUGGAGGAGCCAUCGGGAAUCUGAUCGCCAUCCUGGUGCUCUCCGUGUCCCGGCAGGAGAAGAAGUCGUCCGCUUUCUUCUCGCUGGUGCGCGGCCUGGCGGUGACGGACCUGCUGGGCACCUGCAUGGCCAGCCCGCUCACCAUCGCCAACUACCUGGACCACCAGGUGCUGCUGGACCCCAAGGUCUGCGAGUUUGACUCCUUCCUGCUGCUGUUUUUCGGCCUGACCGGACUCAGCAUCAUCGGCGCCAUGGCGGCGGAGCGGUACCUGGCCAUCUGCUGGCCCUACCGGCACCAGCGCUGGGGGGUGAACCGCCACUCGGCGCAGAAGUUCCUGCUCUUCAUCUACAUCAGCCAUAUUCUAUUCUGCUGCCUCCCCAUGAUGGGGGUGUCCAGGAGCGAGCUGCAGCCGCCCGGCACCUGGUGCUUCAUCGACUGGAAGACCUCGGAGCCGCUGGCCGCCAUGUACUCCGUGCUGUACGGGGCCGUGAGCCUGAUGUUGAUCCUCGGAACCAUCGUGCUGAACCUGGCGGUGUGCGGGACGCUGCUGCUGAUGCGCCGCAGAACCGCGCACCGGCCCGCAACCAGAGCCAGCGUCAGGCAGAGGUGGAGGGCGCUGUCCUCGGCCGCGGAGACGCAGAUGAUGACGGUGCUGGUGAUGACCUCCGCCGUGGUUCUGGCCUGUUCGGCCCCGUUAGUGGUCCGUAUUUUCGCCAACCGUUUCCAGAGCGAUCAGAAGGCGGACCUGCGGGCGAUCCGGAUCGCCUCCCUGAAUCCCAUCCUGGAUCCCUGGAUCUACAUCCUGCUGCGGCGCUCCCUGUUCCGCCGUCUGCUCAGCCGGUCCGGGCGGUGCGACAGCCCCGUCAGCGUCUCCCUGCCGUCGCCUCUCAGCGACCCGCCGCUGUGCCCAGAAAUCACCAAGGAGAACCACGUGUUUGCUCAGCUGAUGUGCAACGCCAACAUCAUCACCCAGCUGCCCGCCUCCGUCCGGUUCCCGGCGUUCAGCUCCGACUUCCUGUGCCAGACUUGAAGUUCACAGAUGAUGUUUGCUGCAGGGGAGCAGAGAGAGAAACUGAACAAAUCCCCAUGGCAACAGGACGAACAGAUAUUAUUUAUUAGCUGAAACAUGAGCACAAAACUGAGCCUUUACUCUGUACCUGUCUGUGUUUUGUUUGUGUUGCCUAUAGCCUUAAUGCUAUACAGCAAAUUUUAUUGUAAAACAUCUGAGUCAUUUGUUCUCAUUACACUGCAAAAAUCGUACCAAUUUUUUUAAAAUCUAGUUUCUACUGUAAAUAUCUACAAUUGAAAAAAUUAACUUUUCAGCAAGAAAUGGGAACUUGUUUUAACUGAAUAAUUAUUUAAUAUUGGUUCAUAAAGCACUGGUUACACAGGCAGAUUAUUCCACUUAUAACAUGGAAAUAAUGUUUCUUUUUUGUUUUUUUAAAUUAUGUGCAAAAAAUGUAUAAUACUGUCAUCAGCAUAAAAGGACACCAAAGCCUAAAACAACAAACAGGGUGAAUAUAACUUCCAGGAUUGUUUACUGCAAAAACAAACAUUUCCAAGUAAUUUUGGUCCAGUUUCUAGUGUGAAUAUUCUACUACACUUAAAAAACUAACUUUUCAGCAAGGAAUUAGAGCUUGCUGUAGUUUAAUAAUUCCUCAGUAUUGAUUAAAAAAAUAAGUUCUUGUUCCAUUGGCAGAUUAUUUUACUUAUAGCAAGACAUUUUCCUCAAAAUUAUCUGCCAAUGGAGAUAAAUUAAGGAAUUAUUAACUUAAAAUAAACUUCUAUAUCUUUCGUGUAAGUUAGUUUUGUCUUAGUUUAAGUGUAGAAUCGCUAAAACUGCUUGGUAAGAUUGUGUAUUUUGCAGCGUAGGGCGUAAACAAUUAAUUAUACAUAUUAGCUGAAAACAGAAGAACACUCUGAGGUAGGUGCAGAAAACUGAGACUUUAAUCUGUACCUGUCACUGGUUUUGUUGUGUGACUUAAUGCUACAGCUAGUUUUGUUGUAAAACAGUUUAUGGGCAUUAAGGUCAUUUUUUAAUCACAAUGUCAACAUUUCACAUAAGUUGCUUAAAUGUCUCAUUCAAACCUUGUAUUUCUGUUUUUAGAGUCAAAAGAUAAACAUUUCUUUAAUGCAAGAUGCAUAUGGAGUUUGAAAAACAUGUCUUUGAGUCAGAUUAAAUCUGAAAAAUGACGUUUCUUGAACCUGAGGAACAGUGGUGAGCAAAGCUAAAAAGCUAGCUGCGCUACACCAAUUUAAUUUUGACAAAAUAAUUUACAUAUUCAAUAAUAACAUUAGAUAUUGUGUAUUUUUAUAUUUAGUUCUCUACUCUCCAUUUACCUGGCUGCCUUAUGUUUCUUUAUUUAAAUGAAGUUAAUGCGAAAAAGAUAAAAUGUGAGGACAGGAAAUGGAUCUGCUGUGUAAACAGACUUCAAAAUAAGAGCACAAAACUGUCCAACUACUUGAAUAAUAAUUAACAGUUGAUAAACUUCAAAACACAUUUCAAACUUCAUUCAGCUGAAAGUUUACAAAAAAGCCAAGUAAAUUUGCACUUUGGAAUCUUUUAAGAAAAAUAAAAUAAUUUAAGGAAUGUUUGGUUACUGCUUUCUGUUUUCAAAGUUAGCAAAAAACGCAAAAGCGUUAAGCUAAAGAUUAGUUCCGCUAUUAGCAUUAGCAAGUGUGGUCAGAACUGCAAACGUACAAAACUUGUGAAAAAUACUUUUAUUAGAGAAUAGAGGAAGUCGGAUAAGUUUAAAUAAACUAAGAAUUAGAACAAAUAAGAAAUAUAGGCUACGUUAUUUUUUUUUGUUUUUAAAUCAAAGCCGAUUCACCGUUUGGUUGUAAAAUGUUUUGAUUUCCUUUUUAUUACAUCCCAUGUUUAAAGGUGCAUUAAAAAUCUUUUUGUAUCGCAUUUAACCAUAUCUGCGUUGGAAGGAUUUUCCUGUCUUGUAUCGUUACUCACAUUUGAAACAUGCAAAUUUUUUGAAGCACUGACCAAAACAUGCUGCUGAUGCCUGAUGUUAUUAAAUAUUCCUGCUGAAAGUUAAUCUGUGCAUGUUCAGCGUUGUUUGUGCUUCAUCUCUGGAAAGAAAAAAUUGUACGGAACAAAUUUGUAAAUCGCUGAAAAAGGUGUGGAAACUGCUAAACAUACUGAACGUUUACAGUACAAUUCAUGAAUCAAUUUGAUCGACUAGUGCAAAAUU